CUCUUGUUUAGAUGUUGGGUCGAUUUGAACAUUGUAGCACACAUAUGAAGCUCGUGCGUCGCAGCGCGCGCGCAGCUCCACAGGAAAUGCUAAUCUGUAACCAGAGCCAGCCAUCCAUCCAACCUCCACUUCCACAGGUCCCCGCAUUCCACAGGUGGCACCGGAGCAAACCGUUCUCUCUCUGACUCCCACUGCGGUCCCUCCAUCUUUUCCUGGUUUUGAUGAGUUAUAUAAGGAAAGACAGCGGCUCCGUGGAGCUGGCGGACGGCAUCCGAAACCUGGGCUUCCAGGAUGCAGACGUCGUCACCGACUUUCCACCGCACAGCUCCCCACGGGACGCCGUGGAGCGGAAGGACUCCGCCGCUGAGAUUGACGACUCGGUGUACGCGCAGGUGGAGCCCUACGCGGGGAUGCCCAAGGAGGUGCUGCUGCUGUACUCCUCCCAGGCCCGGUACCGAGUGCCCAGAGAGGUCCUGUUCUGGCUGACGGUGUGCUGCACGCUGGCGCUGGUGGCCGUCACCGUCGCCAUCAUUGCGCUGUCGCCGCCGUGCCUGGGCUGGUGGCAGAUCUCCCCGGUGUACCAGGUCUACCCGCGCUCCUUCAAGGACUCUGACGGGGACGGAGUGGGAGACCUCAGAGGAAUUAAGGAGAAGUUGGAUCAUUUUCACAGCCUGAACAUCAAGUCGAUCUGGAUCAGUCCCUUCUACCGCUCUCCUAUGAAGGACUUUGGCUACGACGUGGAGGAUUUCCGAGAUGUUGACCCCCUUUUUGGAACCAUGGAGGACUUCGAGGAGCUUCUGGCAGAAAUGCACAAAAACGGUUUGAAGCUGAUUAUGGACUUCAUUCCUAAUCAUUCCAGUGACCGUCACCGCUGGUUCAACUUGAGUCGGACCCGAGAUCCGCUCUAUGAGGACUACUACGUCUGGGCUGACUGUAAUGCAACAAAAAAGCCUAAUAACUGGGUGAGCAUUUUUGGAAACUCGUCAUGGACUUAUGACGAAGUUAGAGGACAAUGCUACCUUCACCAGUUCCUCAAGGAGCAACCAGACCUGAACAUGAGGAACCCAGCCGUCCGCAAGGAGAUCAUCGAUAUUAUUCACUUUUGGCUAUCGAAAGGUGUGGACGGUUUCCGGAUGGAUGCGGUGAAGCACAUGCUGGAGGCAACACACCUGCGGGACGAACCACAGGUGGACCCCAACAAACCACCGGAAGAAGUAACAACUGAGUGGGACCUUUUUCAUGAUUACACCACAAGUCAGGUUGGCUUGCAUGAUAUCUUGCGUGAGUUUAGGGCUGAGAUGGAACCCUACAGUCGCGAGCCUGGAAAAUACAGGUUCAUGGUGACAGAGUCAUAUGAUUAUGAAGAGGUGGAGAAGACCAUGAUGUACUACGGGACCCCCCUGGUCAAAGAAAGUGACUUCCCCUUUAACUUCUACUUGCUGGACUUGCCUCAAAACGCCAGCGGUUUGUGGGCUAAACAUCUAGUUGACCUUUGGAUGUCCAACAUGCCCAGAGGAAAAUGGCCCAACUGGGUGGUGGGAAACCAUGACAGGAGCCGAAUUGCUUCCAGUGCUGGUAAGAUGUAUGUGCGCGUCAUCAACAUGCUGCUGCUGACCCUUCCUGGCACCCCCACCACCUACUAUGGAGAAGAGAUCGGCAUGGAGAACAUCAACAUCACAGCAGACCAGGUUCAGGACCCCUUUGGCAAAUAUAACCUGAGCAAUAGUCGGGACCCUCAGCGCUCUCCCAUGCAGUGGAACAGUGACAUGAAUACAGGCUUCAAUAACUUAACCAACAUCACGUGGCUUCCUGUACACCCAGAUUACAAAAGUGUCAAUGUGGAGGUCCAAAAGGACAGUGAAGGAUCCACAAUGUUUCAGUAUAACUUUCUGAACAGCCUGCGGCAGGCAGAGCUUCCCUUUUUGCGAGGCUGGUUCUGCUACGUUCAAGCUGAUGCAAACAUCUUCUCGUACCUUCGAGAGCUCGACGGUCACAAAGAGGCUUACCUUAUGGUGCUUAACUUUGGUAAACAAUCUGCCACAACAGAUUUGUCCUCUGUUCGUGAGCUGCCGGACCAGCUGAAGGUACUGAUGAGCACCAACUCCAUCAACAAUGGAAAAGUCUUUCAGAAGUCUGGCAUCCAGACAGAAGCCGGAGAGGGUUUGGUGAUUCGAUACUCCACCUACACUCGCUUUCAUCCCAGUCAUGCCACAGAAUGCUAUGUCUCUGAGAAAGCCUGCUACCUGGACACCGUUGGGAUUCUUUAUAAAUGCUAAAAUAAAUGAACAGCUGUCGUCAGUUAUUCUCAAACUUGAUUCAAAUACCAGUAGUUCAAAAAUUCAUGUUCCCUGGAAUACAGUGAAGAAUAAAGUUGCACAAGCAUUUG